AUUGAGAGCACUGGGAUAAUAUUUAUUUAUAAUAUAAUACAGUGAUUUCAGUCAAGUCAGGAUGACAGAGAAAGGUGCAGAUAUAUUCAUAAAACAGUAGUAGCUUGAAUAAAUAACGUUAUAGAAAAUGCUACAAUAAAUGCACAGAUGUUUCAAGAUAUUGCGGUUAAGUUUUUGAGCCAUUGGUCUAAAGGGGUUGGUUAUAUAGUUACGUCAUCGCGCAGCGAGGGAGUGCGCAUGCUUCUUUGAGCAGCAGAAAGAUAAACAAAGGUUCUCACGCGCAAGAAAGGCUUUUGCAGUGUUGUGGAAUUUUUAAACCAUGGGGAAGUCUUUCUCGCACUUGCUACUGUAUAACAAAGAUGACAGCUGUACAUCUUCAUCUGACAUAUCGGACCGGAAUGGAUCGGUACAAUCAGAAGGUCACAUUAAAGAUGGAGAAAAUGCUGAUGCGUGUCAAUUUCCAUAUGUCGAAUUCACUGGACGGGACAGUGUCACGUGCCCAACAUGUCAAGGAACAGGGAGAAUACCUAGAGGCCAGGAAAACCAGCUUGUUGCAUUGAUCCCGUACAGUGAUCAGAGGCUGAGACCAAGGAGGACAAAGCUGUAUGUGACAGUUGCAGUGAUGGUUUGCCUACUUCUUUCUGGACUGGCUCUGUUCUUCCUGUUUCCACGAUCCAUUGAUGUAUCCUAUGUAGGCAUUAAGUCUGCCUAUGUCAGUUAUGACCAAGGUCGGAGUAUUGUUUAUCUCAACAUUACAAGUACCUUGAACAUAACAAACAAUAACUACUAUUCUGUGGAAGUGGCAAACAUCAGUGCGCAAGUUCAGUUCUCUAAAACUGUAAUUGGAAAAUCUCGGUUGAGCAAUGCUACUUCAAUUGGACCUCUAGACAUGAAUCAGAUUGACUACAUGGUCCCUACAGUAAUUGCUGAUGAGUUGAGCUACAUGUAUGAUUAUUGCACAUUGCCAUCCAUAAAAGUACAUAAUAUUGUUGUCAUGAUGCAAGUAACGGUGACAACAGCAUAUUUUGGCCAUACUGAGCAAGUUUCUCAGGAAAGGUACCAGUAUGUGGAUUGUGGAGGGAACACUACUUACCUGCAUGGGCAUUCCAAGCUUGUACAUGUCUUACAGCCACCAGAAUAGAUCUGACUUCUACAUUAGCUUUUCACAGAUGGGGAAGUAUUGGAACAUUUUGCAAGGACCCACAAAAGUGUUACUACUUAGUUCUUAAAGAUCACGUAGUUGUUCUCACUGUGUUCACGGCAUAUCUUCACUAAAUUAUGAUUGUUUUAAUGUUUUACAGUUCUGUGUUUUAGGUGGCCAUGUGAGGUGCCAGUGUAAAUGCCUGUCAGGCAUAGGUUAAAGGAUCUAACAAUCUCCUUUCAUUAGACCUAUGUGUUUGAAUGUUUCUUUCUAUGGAACCUGAAAGAUCUAUAUGCACGUUGUCAUAUUAAAUUACCUGAAAGACAUUAAUGGUGAAAUCAGGACACAUUUUUUUUAGAAUGAAUUUGUAUAAUACAAAACAAUUAAGAGAAACAUUUAUGCAUCCUGAUGUAAUGUCAGCUUUGAAAUAUUAAAUGAUUCACACUCUACUGAAAUCCACUCUUUUACAUUACUUACAAAUAUUUUAAAUGAAACCAUAAUGUGUAAUCUGUUUGUUUUUUUUUAAACCUACUUGCAGAGCAGACUUGAUUUGAGAUACACGGAUGUCUGGAUAUGGAUAACUGCAGUAUUUUUUUUUGUAGCAUCAUAAUCUAAAUUGUGUUGGUUGCAGCCUGUGUGAGAGUAUCCCCUAAACUGUCUUUUUUUGUUUGUUUGUUUUCUCGCUUAGUAACUUGCCUAGCAAAAAAUAAGUAGGUUAAAUCUACGUAGUACUCUUUACUGUUAAGGUGACAACUAAGGGGAUUGUCUACGGAGUUAAAAAAAAAAAAAAAAAAAAAAGAAGAAA